AUGAUGAGAUCUAAGUAAAAGUAAUAAGAAACUCAAUUUGUUAAAACAGAAAUAUGUUACCUAACAAGAAACUUUAAUUCAAAAUUGGUUAAAUAAAUAUAAAUGACUCUACAUAUAAUUUUUAUCAUUGAAAGGGCACAUUCACUUUACUUAAAUUUUUGUAACUUUGUAGUUUAGUCAAUAUUUAGAGAAUAUUAUAAUAUUCAAUUUUUAUUAAUUAUUCACUAAAAUUUUAUUUCUUUUUGCUCUAAAUUCAUAUAGCUAAAAGAAAUCACCUAUCAAAGUAUCGUAAUACAGUCAAAAUUUAUUAAAAAUAAGAUUUAUCUUACCAAGCCAGUUCUUUAUCAUUUUAAUAUAGUAUUCAAAUCAUGGGUUGGAGUUAUUUCAUUUAAAUAUUCAAAUUUAGUUAAGGAUAUAUUUGACAAUACAAAAGCCUUAUAACCUUUACAAAAUUAUCAGAUGAGUAAGAUCAUUUCUAGAAAAUUUAUGGAAAAUCAUUAUUACUUAAAAAUAACCUUAAAUUAUUUAAAUAAUCUCAAAAUUAAUGAAACAUCUCAAGUUAAAGUAAAAAAUGAAUCAAAUUAAUUUUAUUAGGUUUCUAAAUAGCAAGUAUACCUGAAGUAAAUUAAAAUUUUGAAUAGGUUACAAUCUUAAAAAUUAUAUUUUUUUAGGGAGAAAAUCUAUGCAACCAAUUCCAAAUAUAUAAUCUAAAAUAUAUUAUCAUUUUAAAUAAUAAUCAUUUUAAAUAAAUGA